ACAGUUUUAAUCACAAAUCUUAUCUCCAUCUCUCAAACGAUUCACAGCAAAAUUCUCACUCUCAAAAAAAAACUCUAGUUUUCAGAAACACUUUAAGUUAUUAUCAAUGGAAGGAACAGCAAAGGUUGGAAAGGGAGGAAGGAAAGGUGGUGAUAGAAAGAAAGCAGUAACAAAAUCAGCCAAAGCAGGACUUCAAUUCCCAGUCGGAAGAAUCACUCGUUUCUUGAAGAAAGGUCGUUAUGCUCAAAGACUCGGUUCCGGUGCUCCAGUUUACUUGGCUGCUGUUCUUGAGUACCUCGCUGCUGAGGUUUUGGAAUUGGCUGGAAAUGCUGCCAGAGACAACAAGAAAUCAAGAAUCGUCCCAAGACAUUUGUUGUUAGCAAUCAGGAAUGACCAGGAAUUGGGGAAAUUGCUUUCUGGUGUUACUAUUGCUAGUGGUGGUGUUCUUCCCAACAUCAACUCUGUUCUGUUACCAAAGAAGAAGGAUGAGGCUGCCAGUACUCCAAAAUCUCCAUCAAAAUCUACUGCUGCUAAAUCUCCAAAGAAGAAGUAAGAUCUAUAGAUCUAGUGCAGUAGUAAUGUGUAUUGAAGUUUAGGGUUCAACUAUUUUGGGUUUUAAGAUCAUUUUCCUGAUUUCAAGAUCUGUCUUUGUUUCAGAUCUGAAAGUCUGUUUGUAAUCUCUACAAAUCAAUGGAAUUAAUCUUAUUACA